AUGGCUCCAGGAAUGGGAAAGAGUGUCUUUUUGGGAAAUAUUCCUUACAACCUCACGGAAGAACAAGUAAAAGACAUCCUCAGCACAGCCGGCACAGUCACAAAAUUCCGACUCAUGAUGAACCCAGAGACCGGCAAACCUAAAGGAUACGGAUUCGCCGACUUUGCUGAUGCCGAUGCAGCUGCUUCAGCAGUCCGAAAUUUGAACGAUUACGAAAUCAUGGGACGAAAGAUCAGGGUAGAUUGGCCACAUAAUAACGAGAAGGACUCGAUACCAGAGGAUUAUUCAGAUCCCUACCAACCACAGCCUCAAGCACAACAACCGCCUCAACAACAGAACCCAAGUUCUCUUCCUCCACUACCCCCAGGUGUAGAGGUCCCUCCACAUCUCGACUGUCCCAACGCUAUUUCUCAGACAUUAUCUCAACUCCCGCCGACUCAACUCCUCGAUGUCCUUUCCCAGAUGAAAUCACUAGCCGUCGCAGACCCGGCACGAGCGACAGAAUUACUACGGACGGCGCCUCAACUUGCAUACGCAAUUUUCCAAGCGUUACUCCUCAUGAAUCUAGUCGAUUAUAGCACCCUGGGCUCUGUAGUAGAACAAGCGUCACAAGCCGCCCCUGCUCCUGCUGCCGCGGCAGCUCCCUAUCAGCCAUAUAGUUCUGUACCAGCACAGGUUUCGACGCCUCCCGUUCAGAGUUCACCCUUUGCGCCUCCCCCUCCUGCUGCUGCCCCUCAACAAAUACCCGGUCAAGAAGAGUUGUUGCAGCAAGUAUUGAGUAUGCCGCAAUCACAGAUUGAUGCUUUGCCGCCGCUUGAGAGAAGUCAGAUUAUGAUGCUGCGUCAACAAUUGAUGCAGGGCGGUAUGCGAUGA